AUGGCGAAUUAUUUUCGUGGAUUUUGGCAAGCAAAAGUCUCCCUUCUAAAUGAUUUCAAACAAUUUGGAGUGAUGGAAACUUUGAAGAAGGCUUUUAAACUCAGAGAAGCCUGGUGGGAAAAGGGGGACAAAGUUCUUGUUGGUGUUGAUAAAUACGGAAACAAGUACUGGGAAACCACAAAACCAACUGAGUUGAACCGUAAUCGUUGGGUAGAGCUUGCUCGUAAAGAUCUUAUUUAUGAUGCUUCGGACAUUCCUGCUGAAUGGCAUAUGUGGAUUCAUAGACUAAGAGAUGAACCUCCAACGGAAGAUGAAACUAAUAGAAAAGGGUUUGGAGUUAGACGUGCUCAUCAACCUAAUUGGUCUGGAAAUCCGGAGAAGAGACACUACCCUCCUGGACACUUUUUCAACCCAACUCAUAAGGACGUUUCAACUUUGGCUUAUGUGGACGCCCCAGAACAAGAAUUCGUAAAGAGAGUUGAGCAACAAGCAGCACAACAAGAAAAAACUCCUGCAUCAUCAUCAUCGCAACAACAACAACAAUAA